CACCGUGCACCGUGGAGGAACGUCACAUCAUCAGCAGCAGUCGUACUGCUGGGACUGCUGGGCUUGCAGUCUCCACUGCACCUCUUGUAUUUCUGUGUGUGCAAGCCACCACUUAAACACUUUAAACGACUGGAGAACGGAUAGUUGAAUGAGCCUGUUGGCUUUGUGGGAAGAGCGAAAGAUAAGUUGUGGACGAAUGAAGAGACAUUGUUUUUGGACAAAGAAAACAGACUGCCUGGCAGCCUGUACUUCCAACCAGCGAUAAAGCUACUUUGAUGCAGCCGCUUAGCUAACAAGCUAACUGGGAAUGUUUUCAGAGACUAGCCUGUCGGCUAGUACGCUAGCUAGCUUAUACGGAUGGAGAAAGUCUCUGUAUACAUUAAGCAAAUAGAAACAAUGAUCAUUUUAUCUUUCGGUUCAUUUAGUGAAAGAACUGUGGCAACGUCUCAUACUGGGUUGAUCUGGUCACUGCUUUGUGAGAGAUACUGAUGUCAGUCGAUACAACUAUUGGCGAGGAGGCGAUUUGGAUGAACAUUUUAAAUCGCCCACAUGCUUUGGAUCAGUUCCUGGACUUGUGAAAGGCAUCUGAAGCAGGAGGUGGGAGACUUGAGCGCACAACCUUUGCAGCCCGUGGGAAGAUGGCGGAGCGUUGCCGCAGGAGGUGGUGAAACCAAAACUUUGGGUCUUAUUGGAUUUAUCGCCAGACAUCUUAUCCCAGAUCGUAGGACACAUGCAGGCCAAAAAACGGUACUUAACUCUGUUCUCCGCCGGUGCGUGUCUCAUCCUGUUGUUUUGUUUUGGAGGGAUACAACUCCCCCUGUCCAGACGGGGUCCCAGCCGGCGUGAUGACCGCAGCCUCACCGGUUAUCAUCCCGGGGAGCGGUGGCGUCGCUUCCCGGGGUCCCUGCAGCCUUUCAGCCGCUGGGAGGAGGACUGGGGCGAUAAUCACAAUGAACACAUAUCUCCUAGGCAGAAGAGAGACGCUAACUCUGGCAUUGACUCUGGAAAACGCUGCAGAAUGGACUCCUGCUUUGAUUUCUCCCUAUGUGGGAGGAAUGGCUUUAAAGUGUACGUCUACCCCCAGCAGAAAGGGGAGAAGAUGUCGGAGAGCUAUCAGAACAUUUUAUCCUCUAUUGAAGGAUCCAUGUAUUAUACACCUGACCCAGGACAGGCAUGCCUGUUUGUCCUGAGUUUGGACACUCUGGACCGGGACCAGCUUUCCCCCCAGUAUGUGCACAACUUGAAAGUAAAAAUCCAAAGCCUGCAUCUGUGGAAUGGAGGCAAAAACCACAUCAUCUUCAAUUUAUAUUCUGGCACCUGGCCAGACUACACAGAAGACCUUGGCUUUGACAUCGGCCUCGCCAUGUUGGCUAAGGCCAGCAUCAGCACCGAGAACUUUAGACCCUACUUUGACGUUUCUAUCCCUCUUUUCUCUAAAGACCACCCUAGGACAGGAGGGGAAAGGGGCUACCUGAAACAUAACACCAUUCCCCCUUAUAGGAAGUACAUGCUUGUUUUUAAGGGGAAAAGGUACCUAACAGGAAUAGGUUCAGACACUAGGAAUGCUUUAUAUCAUGUCCACAACUCAGAGGAUGUGGUCCUCCUCACCACUUGUAAGCACGGCAAGGACUGGCAGAAACACAAAGAUGCACGCUGUGAUAAAGACAAUGCAGAUUAUGACAAGUAUGACUACAGAGAGAUGCUGUACAACUCCACGUUCUGUCUGGUUCCUCGAGGAAGACGGCUGGGGUCUUUUCGCUUCUUAGAGGCUUUGCAGGCAGCGUGUGUGCCGGUGAUGUUAAGUAACGGCUGGGAGCUGCCGUUCUCAGAAAUCAUCGACUGGAAUACGGCCGCUGUGAUUGGGGAUGAAAGGCUGCUAUUACAGAUCCCCUCUACAGUGCGCUCCAUCCACCCAGACAAGAUCUUGUCCCUUAGACACCAGACCCAGUUCUUAUGGGAGGCGUAUUUCAACUCUGUAGAGAAGAUAGUGCUGACCACACUGGAGAUCAUCCAGGACCGGGUAAUGCAGCACACCUCAAGGAGUAACCUCAUGUGGAACAGUCUGCCUGGAGGACUUUUCACCCUUCCUCAGUACUCCACGUACCUGGGAGACUUCCCCUUCUACUACGCCAAGCUGGGUGUUAAACCAUACACCAAGUUUACAGCCAUCGUUCACGUGGUGAGUCCCCUGGUCUCCCAGUCCCAGCCAGUGAUGAAGCUGCUCCUGUCUGUGGCCAAAUCCCAGUACUGUGCUCAGGUGAUCGUUUUGUGGAACUGUGACAAGCCGCUUCCUGCCAAGCACCGCUGGCCUGUCACCUCAAUCCCUGUCAUCGUUAUAGAAGGCGAAAGCAAGGUGAUAAGCAGUCGUUUUCUGCCCUACGACACCAUACCCACUGAUGCUGUGCUCAGUCUGGAUGAGGACACGGUGCUCUCCACCACAGAGGUGGACUUUGCCUUCACAGUGUGGCAAAGUUUCCCAGACCGCAUCGUUGGCUACCCGGCCCGCAGCCACUUCUGGGACGGCAACAAGGAGCGGUGGGGCUACACCUCCAAAUGGACCAACGACUACUCCAUGGUGCUGACCGGGGCUGCCAUCUAUCACAAGUACUACCACUAUCUGUACACCACCUACCUGCCAGCCAGUCUGAAGAACAUGGUUGACCAGAUGUCGAACUGCGAGGACAUUCUGAUGAAUUUUCUGGUGUCCUCUGUGUCUAAGCUACCACCCAUCAAAGUCACCCAGAAGAAACAAUACAAGGAGACCAUGAUGGGACAGAGCUCCCGGGCGUCUCGCUGGGCCGACCCGGACCAUUUCGCCCAGCGUCAGACCUGCAUGAACAAGUUUGCCAGCUGGUUUGGCAGCAUGCCCCUGGUCCACUCCCAGAUGAGGCUGGACCCGGUCCUGUUCAAAGACCAGGUGUCCAUACUGCGGAAGAAGUACAGGGACAUCGAGAGGCUAUAACCCUCCAAAGCCCCCCCGCUCCCUGGACACCACAAAGGCGGGGCGAGGGGGCGGACACGUCGAGAAGCCUUUCCAUGAUCGCAUGGCUGCAUCAAUGGAGAAUUAAAUGGAACUGAGGAGGAAACGGGAACACAUGCGGAGGACAACACAUUCAAUAGUCUCCUCUUUGGUGUCCAUUUCUACCCUUCCUCAUGUGUGUGUUGAGGGAAAGCUGAGCAAAUAUGUCCCACUAGGACUUUUUGAAAAGGCUAGACUUUGAUCUGAAGUGGCCAAAGUCACAGGGUUGGAAAUCAUAGGUUGCUGCUUCCUUGUUGAAGCAGUGGCAACCUCCUCCCAAAUCCAAUGUACCCCCACACAGGUCCCUGAACGUUUUUAAUGAGAGAAUAUGAUUGAUGAUUAUGACUAUGAAGAGGAUAACUCUAUUUUGGAUUGUGUUUAGCUAUUUUUUUUAUACAGUGAAUGAAUGGCCAGCACUACUCUCUCUGUAUUGUCCUAACUGAAACCAAUAGCAGGGUGGGUGAAGAGAGGAUGGACGCCCCGCUCUCACAGACCUGAGUUACGAUCUGAUAUUCACAGUGCCUCGAGUUUAUCUAACGGCGUUGGGAUCUGGGAGAAAAAGACACGUUGCAGAAUGAGCACCUUGGUCUUGCUGCUUUCCAUUUAGUUUUUCGUGAUUUGCUUUUAAAUUGAUGGAAUAAUGGUUCUUGCAGUCAUAUUUCUGAAGUAAAAUAACAUUCAAUUUGUAUUUAGUUGACGAACAAAAUAAUGUGCCAUUCUGAAUAUUUUUAAUCAGCAUCAGACAACUAGCUAGACUCACUGAAUUUGCUUUGUGCAAAAUGAUAUCUACAGGAAGUAAAUGGAAAUGCAGUAAUUGAAUUGGGUUCUGUAUUUUAAUUUUAUCAAGCAGUCUUCCUUAUGUCUCUUCUUCAAUUUAAAGGCUUAUAUGAAAAGCAUGAAUUAGUAGUAUGUGCUGGCCUGGAGAAUAAUGGGAGGUCACAAGAGUUGCCUUGGUUAAAAGAGGAUGAGCUUGCUAAAUUCGGCCAACCAUUUGUCUGUUUUAAACAAUAAUAAUAAAUACAAGGCAAUGAAUCUCAGUUUGCUUAGUUAGCAAGGGAUAUUUAUACACAUUGAUUGUUUUUAUGCCAUAAACCCAAUUUCCUUUUGUCCAGUGGCUCAGGCUGACAAGUGACGUGAGCUAUCUCUGCUUUCAUCUAGAAGCAUCAAACAAUACUUCAGUCACAGCUGGCAUCACAACAAAAACAUUACUCUAUUUCCCCCACAACAAAUAUGACCAGACUGACAAGAAAUCUGAACAAGCAAUUAUUGAACAUUUUUUUAAAAGGCAUAGGAAAUGUUGAGCUAUGACAGCAGUUUUUCUAAUUUGUAGUAUUCCUUUAACAUAAACACAUGAAAUAAGAAGCCUUUCAAUCUUUAGCAGAAUGCAGAAUUGUGUCACACAUUUUAACACUAAUUAAUCUCAGAUGGAUUCUGAUUGGUAUUGUGCUUAAAAUGUGAAACCAGGAUGUUCCAAGUAUAUUUAAUAAUUCUGUCGUUGUCAUAUGUCAUCUUGAUCUGAGACUAAUUUACUGCACAUUGGUAUAUUGAAUAGCAUUGGGACUUGUGUUUUUUUUUGCUGAUGGAUCACAGGGCUAAUUCAUUCAAUUAACUUUAAAAUCUUUGUUCCAAAUAACAAUCACGCUUAAUUUUGAUUAUGCCUUGAUGCGUCAUAUCAGCUUAUCCAAAGUAGUUACACAAUUUAAUGGAUUUAAAAUGAGCACCUGUGUUAUAAAAUCACUGAUCUGUCAGCGAAAUAUCCCUCUAAAGCCAGCAACAUUUCUCCAGAAAAAUCUAACCACGCCUUCUGUGGGAGAUUUAAUUUUGUGACAUAAACUUCACCAUAAAAUGUGCCAAUAGAUCAUAAAUAAUUUUAAUUUUAAACCUUUUCAUCUUACAAGGAUAGUCAUACAAGUGAUGCCAUGAAUUCCCAUUUUUGUUUGGUUUAUUAAAAGUAUUUUCCUGUCUACAUAAGAAAGUAAAAUGGGUGAGACAGAGGGGAAAGGAAAGGAAGGGGUAUAGGUGUGAGAGAUUUGUGCUGCGUGGUGAUAUCAGCUUCACAGCAGAUAAACAAUCCCUAAUGAACACAGUGCUAUCAAGACAACUGAAUAUGGUCGUAAAGAGAAUCACAUUUCAGAAAUGAACUUGGUGCAAUAUUUAAGUGGAUAUUUUCUCUAUCUUUCUCCUUCCUAAUGUUUUGUUUCAGAGGGCAGGGGGUUUAUAUAUUGAUGUGCCUUCAGAAGAAAUACAGUUUUUUCUCAUCUGGCUUGUGCAAAAACAGGUCCUUGUUUUCAUUUCAUUGUCUUUUUUUCUUUAUCGAUAUCCAGUAACACAUAAAGGCUCCCUAAAUGAUAUUGUUUAACACUGGAGCGCUACCAAGACUUAUCACCACAUCUGAUGCUGACAUUCCUGCCUUUUCUGUAGUAGGAACUUGUACAUGUACCACACGCAUAAUUCUCUCUUGCACAGUAUUUGUGAGACAGGAUGUCAUCCCCACUGAACCUCUGCCUGCUUCUUUCCCUCUCUUCUGUAACUGCAGACCUAAUUUUAUAGAGAUUAAAAUGGAAAGAUAGAGGAAAAUUCACCAUUUUGUAAAAUAAUUUUAUAAAACAAAAACAAAAACUCCAAUAAAAUGUUUGAUUAAAAUUUUUA